AAAAAGGCGGAAAAGGUUUCAGACCAUACAACAAGCAUCUUAUAUACCUGGAAGAAUCAUCUGCACGCUGCUCACGAGAUCCGCUUCAGGCACGACCGACUCGUAACGCGAAAGUGCCACCUUGGAACUUCUCGGCCACCGUACUUCUUGAGCUUCAUCCUGUUGUAAUCGAGAAGUAGCUUUACCUACCUGUUCGUCAACAUCGCAGAAACAUUACCUCCCCGAAUCCCCUUCAAAGACCAUCAACGAAGCUUCGCACUCCUAGAGAGCCGCCUUACGUUGCCACGCACUAAUUCCCCCCAUUCCAACCAUAUCAACACGGUCACCGAAACACAACUUCUUCGCCACGAAAGGGCGCCUUGAGACGCCGACAGCACGAUAUGCCUGGCAAGACUCCUCAUACGAACGGGAGUAAUCCAGUCGAGAAUGGAAUCAAUGGUGCCGAUGAUGUUGAGAUGAAGGAUGAUGCGCCCAACCAGUUGAAGGGUGGAAAGGGCAAGAAGACCAAAGAAGGCGACGAGGAGAUGACAGUCGUCGUACCGCCCUCAAAGAGCACCAAGCUGUCCGCUACUCCUCCUUCGAAGGACUCUAAUGGCGAUGUAGCUAUGGAUGGUACUGAGGAGACAAAUGAGGAAGAUGCUGGCGCGCCCAAGGUUGACCCAGUAGCCAAGGCUAUAUCAGACAUCAAGAGCAACUUCCCAUUAUUGGAACGUGCUGUGACGCUGUUUGAUGCUAGAUUCUCUCUUCGAGCCCUUCGGUCUAUCUCUUCUAUUCGCAAACGCCUCACACCCGAUAUCCUAGCCCAAGUCAUUGCCGAAACAUACCAAUCAACAAGCCCUGCAGCGAAGUCAUUACUUGUCGCCCUUGACAGAGAGCAUGUGGCAUUUGGAAAGUCGGUUUCGAACGAAAUGGAGAUCGAUAACGAGUCGAAGGCGAAGAACGGAAAGAAGGAGCCAAAAGAAAUUAUUCCCGAAGUCGACAUCUUCCUGGGUAUUCUUAUUCAAAUUUACUAUCUGGACAACAAGUUGAACCAAAAAGGCGCUGUCUUCUCUGCUCACCUCGCUGAGCGCAUACACUCUCUUAACCGCCGGACUUUGGAUUCCCUCUCUGCCCGCGUGUACUUCUACUAUUCGUUGUUCUGCGAGCAGCUGGCACCUCUGCCGCCUUCUCCAUCAUCACCGGUUGUAUCAAUUCGACCUGCUCUGCUUUCUGCUCUCCGGACAGCUGUUUUGCGUAAAGAUAUCGACACACAAUCUACCGUCAUCGUCCUGCUAUUACGAAAUUACCUCUCUACAUCUCACAUUGCUCAAGCCGAUCUACUCAUAUCUCACACCAAGUUCCCUGAGAAUGCGGCGAACAACCAGGUUGCUCGUUACUUGUACUACCUCGGCCGCAUUCGAGCCAUCCAACUGCGAUAUACCGAGGCCCACGAGCAUUUAACGGCCGCAACAAGAAAAGCCCCAUCUAGUCCCAGCGCUGCAGGAUUCUCGCAAACUGCAACAAAGCUUCUGCUCGUAGUUGAACUGCUGAUGGGCGAUAUUCCUGAUCGUGCUACUUUCCGUAUUCCUAGCCUUGAACGCGCCUUGCAGCCAUACUUGCAACUUGUGCAAGCCGUGCGGGUGGGUCUACUAGGAGAGUUCGAGAACGUAAUUAGACAACAUGGCGAUACCUUCAGACGCGAUGGAACCUACACUCUGAUUCUCCGUCUCCGACAAAAUGUCAUCAAGACCGGUAUUCGAAUGAUGUCUUUGUCAUACUCUCGAAUCUCGCUCCGAGAUAUCUGCAUACGCUUGAAGUUGGAGAGUGAAGAGUCUGCAGAAUAUAUCGUGGCUAAGGCUAUUCGAGAUGGUGUUAUUGAGGCUUCUCUGGACCGUGAGAGGGGUUUCAUGAAGAGCAAGGAGGUUGGAGACGUCUACGCUACGAGGGAGCCAGGAGAGGCAUUCCAUGACCGUAUCCGUGCUUGUCUUGCACUGCACGACGAGAGUGUAAAGGCAAUGCGGUUCCCAAUGAAUCAACACCGGCUCGAACUCAAGAACGCCCAAGAAGCACGAGAACGCGAACGCGAGAUGGCAAAGGAGAUCCAAGAUGGAGACCUGGAUGAGGACGACCUUGGGGGAGAGUUCGAGGGUAUGUAAGAUGAGAGGUUUCUGGUAUCCAUUUAUACAAGAUGGUGCAUUGAAAGAAUGGGUUGGGGUUUGGUUUGGUGGCACUUCACAAAUAUUGUCUUGCUACUACACCUACAAUCUCGAAUCUCCUAGAAAGAUAGACAUGGCAAACGCCUGUCUUUCAUUUUCGAGAGGAUCGAGCUGCUACAUUAGUUUCGCACGGUAUUUCCGCCUUGCGCGGCGCGCGCAGUCAUGCAUUGAUCGGCAUGGUAGUAAUUGAUAGAUGUCUCUUUAUAUCGGUGCACAUCGG